GUUGAAAGCUGUUGAAAGCUCCGUUGAAAGCUGUUGAAAGCUCCGUUGAAGUGGAAUGAAGUGGAUGAUUUGUUUGACUUUCAAAGGGUGGACUCCAUGGACUCUAAGAGUUUGUGUUCUCAUGGCCCUGUGGUCCUUUGGAAAGGCAUCUCGGUCACUGGGCAAAGGCAGGACUGAUCAGGAGGAGUUGAGCCAGUUGACCCCGUUACACAAAGAGUUCAACCCCAAAGCAACCAGUGCCCUUUGCGUCCUUUGCAAAACAAAGGAUUCAUGCAGCCAGCGAGGGCUUACCUGCUUGGAAUGUCCAAUUUGCCAAUCUUUCAUGAGCACAAUCACAGAAGAAGCAAAGAGUUCAGGAUGUCCUUCUUCUUGCAACAAACAACUUUGUGCACCGCUGAAAGAAAUCUGUGGAGACCGAUGCCCAAAGCUUUGUGCGAGAGACCUUGGAAAAAAGAAGAAGUCAAAGAAAAAAGUGUGGAAACCUGCCAAAGAUCUGCUGGCAGAGCUGGAAAGCCUUGUUGGACUGGGAGAUGUGAAAGAUCAGAUGAAGGAAAUCAUUGCCCAAGUAGAUUUCAAUCUACAGAGAGCUAAUCUCAAACUUCCUGAUAUUGGUGGUCAGUCUUUGCACAUGGCAUUUUUGGGGAAUCCAGGGACUGGCAAGACCGUGGUUGCGCGCAUUGUUGGUGAACUCCUUGUGGCAAUGGGAGCCAUCCGGAGCAAUGUGACGGAAUCUGAGGACCGCGACCUGGUCUCGGAGGUAAGUCGUCCUGAUUUGGUGGGCGAACACUCUGGAGCAACCGCUUUGAAAGUCACGAAAGCCUUUGAUGACGCAGAUGGUGGAGUGCUCUUUAUUGAUGAGGCCUAUUCCAUCGUUCAAGGGGAUAGAGAUUCCUUUGGAAGAGAGGCAGUGGACACCAUCAUCAAGCUUAUGGAAGAUCGCCGCGACCGUAUCAUUGUCAUCCUCGCAGGAUAUCAAAAAGAAAUGUCUGACUUUGUAGCUGCAAAUCCCGGCUUCAAAUCUCGCAUUGCCUUCAGUUUCAACUUCCCAGACUACACAUGCCCUGAGCUGGUCAAGAUUGCAGACCGCUUGAUGAAGAAGAAGAAUGUGGCACUGACUUCUGAUGGGUCCACUUGUGAAUCGAAAAACCCACCUGACUCUUGUCCCUGGCUGAAGAAUGCCAUCAGAUUGCAGACAGGUUGCUGUGAAACGACGCGCUGUGGCAAGCAGGAGAAUCGAGCCAACGGAAAUGGUCGAACAGUUAGAAACAUUUUGGAGGCUUCCUAUCGCAAGAUGUCGAGUCGCGUAUUGACCUCAUUCACACCACAGCUGCUUCAAGAAUAUGACUCGAGAUUCAAGCCCAAGGUGAUUGGAGAGGGAGACAAGGAGGAACCCAGUCCACCACUCUCUUGCACGGGCUUCGAUCCACUGCGAGACCAAGGCCCAUUCACAUCAAUCAAGGAAACCACAAAAGCAGAUGUGCGCUGCGCUUUUUAUUUGCUGGAAUCAAGCGAUGUUCAGCUCUCCACUACAGCUGCCCUCGAUGAGAAGUUGCGAUCCGUGUGCCAAGCGACAAAAACCCCUGUCACAGUGAACGUCAAUGAGCUCAGCGCAGAUCGCUUCAAAUGGGAUGAUUUGCACCAAAAGCUGUACCAUGAGGAGGAUUGCAAAGGAGUGCAGGCUUCGCUGACAGGUUCAAGCUCUUUCCUUCAGGAUACUGUGGAUGUCGCUGGCUGUGAUGCCUGCACUGGUCAUUACAUAUGUAAAAUGCGCCCAAGUAUUUGUCGCGGUUGUCCCAAAUGUAAUGAAUUCUUGGCACCAGAUGGCAGUGGGGAGGAAGACAGUGAGAAUAAGUGCAAAGUCUGCGCAUGGGUGAAACAGCGCUAUCAAAACAGACCUCGACACGAAAUACCUAUGUCGUACGAAGACAAGGAAGUCUGUAGUGCGUUUGAGAAACGACAUCCUGGAGAUAGUGGGAAGUGGUGCAAAUACAUUGUGGGGAAGGCGCUCCGGGCUUUGCGCUCCCAAGAACCUUGGAAUUGUGCUGCUGUCCUCCAGCUAAACUGCCCAGCGGCGAUUGAAAAUCCCAACGCUUUGCAGGUUGAGAGUGGAAUGGGACUUGCGAUGCUUCGGCCUGGCAGCAAAGUUGACAAUCUCAUGAAGGAGCUCCAAGAUCUUGUUGGUCUUGACAGUGUCAAGGCCGGGAUAAGCGCUUUGCGCGACACCGUGGAAUUUGACAUGUGGCGACGGCGAUUUCUGGGUGAGCAUUGGUCUCUCCUGGGGCAAAACUUUCACAUGCGGUUCUUAGGAAACCCAGGUACAGGAAAGACAGUUGUUGCUCGAAUUGUUGGGAAGAUCUUGGUGGAACUUGGAGUGGUGAAGAAGCCCGAGAACCCCGAUCUCGAGGACGGCUUCGUGUUCCGUGAAGUCAGCAGAGCAGAUCUGGUUGGGAGCUAUGUUGGACACACAGCUCCCAAAGUCCAGAAGGCUGUGAAGAGUGCCUUUGGCGGUGUCCUUUUCAUUGACGAAGCCUAUUCAUUGAUUCAAGGUGAAAGAGACUCCUUUGGCCAAGAAGCAGUUGACACUUUGAUCAAGGAGAUUGAGGACCAUCGUGACAAGGUCAUUGUCAUUCUGGCAGGCUAUCACAAAGAGAUGGACACGUUUUUCAAGUCGAAUCCAGGAUUUCAAUCUCGAGUUCCCUUUCGCUUUGACUUUGCGGACUACAGCUGUGAAGAGUUGUCUGAAAUGAGUGGAAUGUCUUUGAAGAAACAAAACAUUACUCCAACCGUUGAGGCCAAGAGCUGGAUUUCAAAAAUGGUUGGAGAGAAGACAGGUUGCUGCUCUGAGGCACAGUUGGAGGGUGGAACAUGCAGUGGGGCCACACGCGAUAAUGGAAAUGGCCGGGCUGUUCGAAACAUUUUGGAAUCUGCCCUGCGGGCAAUGUCAGUUCGUGCUGUGUUCAGUUCACAAUCUAGCCCCGUAAGCAAGAAAAUGGUGACAGAAUUGGUGGACUCGGACGUGGCCUUCGUCGGUGGCGAACUACUUGGAGAGACAGUGCGAAGCACUUGCAAAUUAGCAGGUCAAGCAGUCCCCAAUUUGGAGCUUCUCACUGGACCUCGCGUUUUGGCUCUAGACUUUGACAAAGCUAUGAGUCGAGCAAAGAGAUCUUGCUCUAAGACCACCAGAAUGAUACUGGAAGCCAAGCCGACCUCCUCUCUGGGAAGUGCCGCGGACAUUGAGAUCAAAGACAAGGAGCUGAAGAAAGUCUUUGCAGAACUAGACGAGCUGAUCGGACUCGCGUCUGUGAAACGUGCCAUGCGGGAGUUCUAUGCAACUGUGGAAUUUGCAAAUUUGAGGAAGAAAGCUGGGCUGCAGCCACUCAAGAGCCAAAGCUUUCACAUGCGUUUCCUGGGGAAUCCAGGGACUGGAAAGACCGUGGUAGCCAGGAUUGUUGGAAAACUGUUGGUUGCCCUGGGCGCCAUUGAGAAACCAGCCGACACAGCCGACACCAACGCCACAGUCUUUCACGAAGUAAGCCGCUCCGAUUUGGUUGCACAAUACGUUGGACAAACUGCUACGAAGGUCCUUGACGCGGUGAAGAAGAGUUUGGGUGGUGUGCUGUUCUUGGAUGAAGCCUAUGCUCUAAUCCAAGGCAGCCGUGAUACCUUUGGGCAAGAGGCUGUGGACACCUUGAUCAAAGAAAUGGAAGAUAAAAGGGCACAUUUCAUUGUGAUCUGUGCAGGAUACGAGAAGGAGAUGGACGAUUUUUUUCAAAGCAAUCCAGGUUUCAAGUCGCGUGUUCCUUUCACUUUUCACUUUGAGGACUACACCUGCCCGGAGCUGUAUGACAUUGGAAAACUUGGCUUGAACAAGAAGGAGCUGACGCUACCCAGUGAUUUGUCCACAUAUCAAGAUGCACUGAGCUUCUCAACCGGCUGCUGUGAGCGUCUAGAAGAAUGCACCCCAGACCGAGCAAAAGGGAAUGGUCGCGCCGUGCGAAAUGCCAUUGAGGCAGCUGUCAGGGCCAUGGCAACACGCGUGCAAGGGAGUGAAGCGUCCGUCAAAACAUACACGGAGCUAAAGGCAGAAGACUUCGCAGUAGUAACAUCGCAGGCAGUACAGCAACAUUUGUCCGUAAAAUGUGGACAGAGCGGUGAUUUGGCCACGAUUCGUGAGUUCAUGUUGAACGAGAGCUUGUCGGAGUCGUAUCAGUUCUACUACGACUUCCGGCAAAAGAUCAAGUCAACGCCCGACAAAACUCAACAGCUAGCGGCCCGACUGACCUCUGUUUUGUCCGAGACCAACGCUGUCAAUAACAUGAGGGGCCUUGAUGAGCGAUCUGCCAAAGUUGGGCAAAAAUGCAAGCAGCAGCUGAAAGAGAUGAAGAAGGACACCAUGAAGAGUUUACUCCCGCUUUGCCGAUCGAGCACUUUGGACAUGCUUGCAGAGAAGGUCCAGACAGGGAAGUCAGAAGGGGAAGUGGAAGCUGCACUGACAUACCUCCAGGCAAUCAUGGGUGGCGUUGAAGUGAUGAGCGAACUCCUCCAGUGCUAUGGCGAGCAUAAAGCAGUCACGCAGGUUCGCAAGCUCUGCAGCUUGAAGCUCGAACAAAUCCGUGCGAUGGACUUUAGAAUGCCUUUUUCGCUGAACGACAAGUGAGUUCCGUUAAUGGACCAGAUUUGACGACCCGUUGUGGCGAUGGAUAGCAGCGUUGGAACAAUGGGAGAGCCUGGUCGCUGACAUAGCGCAGGAGAAAAAAUAU